AUGUUUGAUUGGAUAAAUCGACUACUUGACUGGUUCAGGAGUCUUUUCUGGAAGGAAGAAAUGGAAAUCACUUUAGUCGGAUUGCAUUGUUCUGGCAAGACAACAUUUGUUAAUGUUAUUGCAUCAGGAGAGUUUAACGAAGAUAUGAUACCCACCAUUGGCUUUAAUAUGCGGAAAGUUACCAAAGGCAAUGUCACCAUUAAGCUUUGGGACGUUGGAGGGCAGCCACGAUUUAGGAGUAUGUGGGAGAGAUAUUGCAGAGGCGUUAAUUGCAUUGUCUUUAUGGUUGACGCGGCAGAUAGUGAUAAGAUUGAAGCAGCUAGAAAUGAGUUACACAAUCUACUAGAUAAGCCACAACUAACAGGAACACCUAUUCUUGUUCUUGGAAAUAAAAGAGAUCUUCCAAAUUCUCUAGAUGAAAAAGAUUUAAUCAACAGAUUGAAUCUGGCUGCUAUUGAAGAUAGAGAAGUUUGUUGCUAUUCGAUCUCGUGCAAGGAACGAAUUAAUUUGGACAUUACACUGCAAUGGCUAAUUCGACACGCAAAGUCCUGA